ACCGCAUCAUGGCGAGCCGUGUCGCUGCUCUUACUAUGCCUCGUACUGGCCUUUGUCAACUGUCAGGACGCCGGCCUGAAUCCACAAGACGGCUCCCAUCAUGACACGACACCACAUCUCACUUCCGAACAAGACCAUGCCGAGUCACACUCCAAGCUGCCAUACGAACAGAGCCCAGCAGUCAAGGAUGCUCUCAUCUCUCUGCGCAAGAUCCGUCCAGCAACGAGCCGCCUUGCCCGCCUCAGCAAGCCUUCUGGUCUCGUAGCCAAGACCAUCCACUACGCCAAAGACUUGUUUGUCCUUCUCUUCAUGAACCAGCCCGACCAAAACGACCUCCUCAUUACCGAUGCCACUCCUCCACCUCUCGCUCCCGCUCUUUCUCGCGCCGUCACAUUACUCAAAGAUGCUGCCGCCGAACAAGACCCCGACGCUUUGUGGCUGUUGGCCGAGAUGAACUUCCACGGCAAUUUCACCCACCCUAGAAACUACUCGCGUGCCUUCGAAUACUAUCAGACUCUGGCAUACAUAAACGGCAACAGUUCUGCUCAAUACAUGCUGGGUUUCAUGUACGCCACCGGUAUUGGAAAUGCCGUCCCGCAAGAUCAGGCCAGAGCUCUUCUAUACCACACUUUCGCUGCCGAGCAGNNGGGAGAUAUUCGCUCUCAAAUGACUCUGGCUUACCGCCAUCACUCUGGAAUCGCUACACCGAGAAAUUGUGAAGAGGCAGUACAUUGGUAUAGAUCGGUUGCCAAGCAGGCUGUUGACUUCUACAAAUCUGGCCCUCCUGGUGGUCACUCUUUAGUCAAAAACGCUUUCCGUUUGGUUGACGAAGAAGGUGGUAUCUACGGCGAAGGUGCGAGUGUCAGCAGUUCCGGUGUCAAUGCGAAGAUGGGAGGCCCUACAUCAGAUGCCUACGCUGAUCUGGAUGACGUUCUUGAGUACCUCGACUUCCAGUCAAGAAAGGGUGACCUCAAGGCCACUUUCCAUCUUGGCAGACUUUACUAUGACGGCUCUCGAGGACUAGCUCGCAACUUUCCUGAGGCCAAGGACCAUUUCAUGCAAGUCGCUAGAUCAUACUGGACCUCUUCUGGCAAGGUCAAGUCUGAUGUCUCGCCCAUAGUCGAGAAACUUGCACCAAAAGCUGCUGGUUAUCUGGGUAGAAUGUUCUUGCGUGGUGAGGGUACUGAAAAGAGCUACAGCAAAGCCAAGAUUUGGUUCUCUCGUGGUAUUGAGCAUGGCGAUGCUCUGUCACAAUACUCCAUGGGUGUCAUGCACAUGGAAGGCUUGGGUGUCUCUAAAAACCCCGUGAGAGCUGCUGAUUACUUCUCUCCAGCCGCUGACCAAGAUCUUGCAGUAGCUCAAACGAACCUGGGUAUUCUGUUCAUGGAUCAAGGCGAUAUCCACACUGCAAGGAGUUAUUUCGAGCUAGCUGCUCGCAACAGUCAUAUUGAAGCUUUCUACUACUUGGCUGAACUGAGUAACCAAGGCGUUGGUCGCGAUCGCUCUUGUGGUAUGGCCUCUGUCUAUUACAAGAUAGCAUCCGAGAAAGCCGAAGUCAUUCAUUCGUCUUUCAUUGAAGCAAAUGAGGCUUAUGAGCGUGGUGAUCUGGAGACCGCUAUCAUCGCUUAUAUGAUGGCCGCUGAGCAAGGCUAUGAGAACGCACAAGCAAACGUCGGCUACUUACUCGAUCAUACCCGCCCACGCUACUCACUUCCUUCGAUAUUCCCCUUCCUUCGUCGCCAUGUUGACGCAGCUAGUGAUGCAGCUCUUGCCCUCAUCUACUGGACUCGAUCAGCUAAACAAUCGAAUACUGACUCCCUCGUCAAGAUGGGCGAUUACUAUCUCGACGGUGUUGGUACUGCCUCAUCUCCGGAAAAUGCAGCUGUUUGUUACCAGGCCGCUUCUGAGGGCAUGUUGAGUGAAGGUAUGGCGAGUGCGCAAGCCAUGUGGAAUCUCGGCUGGAUGCACGAGAACGGCAUUGGUAUCGAGCAAGACUUCCAUCUAGCUAAACGCUUCUACGACCAAGCACUUGGUACAAACGCAGAAGCAUAUUUGCCUGUCAAGUUGAGUCUUGCAAAGUUGAGGUUGCGCAGCUGGUGGAAUGGCGUCAGUGGUGGUAGUGUCAACUCUAUCAGAGAUGAGCCUUGUAAGCGAUCCUUACCCAUGAAAUCAACAAAGCCUAGUCGCACACUGAGCCAGUGGCUCAACGACUUCCUAGAGGCUGAUGCCGCUUACUACGCCGACCAUUUCGAAGCAGAUGACUGGGACGACGCACACCAUCACAUGCCCGGCGGCGACGACUUCUACGACGAUGCUACAGAGAUUGAUGAUGGUUUGAUCGAGAUGUUCAUGAUUGUUGGUCUCGCGGCUCUACUUGCUUUCUUGGUGUACUAUCGACAACAGAGACAGCAGGAAGCAAGACGUAGAGCAGAGCAGCAGGGUCAGCAGCAAGGAGUAGGUGGCAAUGCAGCACCACAGCAACAGCAAGACCAAGGCUUCUUUCCACCACCAGGAGAGCCUGAAUUUGCCAAUUGGGUUGCUGGAGGAGUGGGACAU